AUGGUGUUGUCGAUGUCAAUGUCGUCGCAGGCGUCUUUUGAUAAAGAAGCAUUUAUCAAUGCAAUUCGUCAGAAUGAAUUUAUUUUUAAUCCUACUCAUCCAGAUUAUAUGAAUAGAAACACCAGUGAGAAAACCUUUACAGAUUUGGCAGAACAGUUCCAACUAAAAGAAAAGAAGAUACGAGAUGGUGCGCGCAGUGGCAGUGGUGCUAGUGGUUCUAAAGUUAGAUGGCCCUUUUUUGAACAAUGUGGAUUUCUUGAUAGAUUUAUGGCCAUAUCAAAAACAUAUUCCAACCAUUCACUCGACGCAAUCGACUCAUCUGAUUCAGACACACCACCACCAACAUCGCAGCUAUUGACCACAGAAAAACCGCCCUCCCCAAAAGCAGGUGCUUACAAUCAAUAUCCAAGCAGCUCAAAGAAUGGAGCUAAAAAGAUAAAAUUUUCUAUAGAAACUAGUUUGCAUCAAGCCUUGGAAAACACUACUGCUCACAUAAAUAUGUUAGCAAAUAGGGAGACGGACGGUGACACCAUCUAUGGAGCGAAUUAUGAAGAUUUCACAGAAUAUGGAAAGUGUAUAAUGAUUGAAACCAGUGCCAUGUUAAGAGGAUUUGAAUAUAAGUAUUGUCUUGUUAAUGGACAGAAACAUGAAUUUGAACGUGUCUAUCAUAUGAUUAAAAGAAGAGGUAAUAAUAAAGAGGCCAACCGUCAUUUUAUGAUAUUCAAAUCACGAAUAGAAGAAAUUACAGGAGAAUGGCACCAGUAUGAUGGGUUUUGUUACCACAAAGAAGAAAAGUCAAUGUGGCAAAAAGUUUCUGGUUAUUUAUUUAAAUCAUCUGGUUUGCAUGGAAUGUUGCUGGGAGAUUUAAAUACAGCUGCACAGCAUUUUCUAAAUCCCUUGGUACAAACAGUGCUGUGCUCACAUACAGAAAAUGCAACUGAGUUUAAAGAGCAGGUGGAAAUGGCUUUGAAUUGCAUCAGAAAUCAAAGUAACGGUACUGAAAUAUUGCAGGAAGAAAGUUUAUUUUUUGAGGUUUGUUUUUAUCUUACAUUCCUGUACAGUAUACUCUGCGUAAUCUGGCAUACACAAGGACCGUCAAACAAUGUCGGAUUAGCAAGAGUGUCGGAGUACUCAGAGUUUCCACAUUUUUUAACAUUGCCACGUGUUACUAUUUAUAGCUCAGUGACCCACAUUCUACAGACUGUACCUUUCUAA